UUUUCCCGGACGACUUGCCAACUGGACUUCCGCCGAGCCGACCAGAAGACCAUCGCAUCGAACUGGAACCAGGCGCCCAACCGACGGUACAGCGACAAUUUCGGCUCAGCCAACCAGAACAGGAAGAAUUGCAGCAGCAGCUGGAUAACCUUCUGACGAAGGGAUUUAUCCGGCCCAGCACGUCCCCAUACACCGCCCCGAUACUGUUCACGCCGAAGAAGGAUGGCGGAUUCAGAAUGUGCAUCAAUUACCGCGUGCUCAACAGGAUCACAAUCAAGUCGCGUUACCCGAUCCCGCGAGCCAACAAACUCCUCGACCAACUUCGCGGCGCCAAGUUCUUCUCGAAAAUCGAUUUGCAAGGGGUUACCAUCAGAUUCGCGUCGUUGUCGAGGAUUGUCACAAGACGGCAUUUCGAACCCGCUACGGCAGCUACGAAGAAGCAGCAAGUUGCAUUCGACCAACUGAAGAUCGCCCUCACGUCGCCGCCCGUCCUUCGCAUCUCCGAUCCUGACCGUCCAUACGAAGUCAUCACCGACGCCAGCGACAUCGCCAUCGGUGCAGUUCUCCUACAGGAUUUCGGCAACGGUUUACAGCCGGUCGCCUACGAAUCACGGAAGUUGCAGGGCGUAGAAAAAAACUAUACGGUACACGACAAGGAAAUGCUGGCGAUCGUCCACGCGUUCAAGACCUGGCGAUGCUACCUGAGAGGCGCUGACGUCAUUGUGCAGACCGACCACAAAUGCCUCCAUCGACAGAACUCUGAAGAUGUUGCGGCGCAAUUAUUACUGGCCGAACAUGGCCGACGACGUGCGCAAGUACGUGUCCUCCUGCACCGCCUGCUAGAUAAUGAAAUCAUCCCAUCAGCGAGCAGCCGGACUACUACAGCCGUUGGAUCCGGCCGAGCGACCCUGGCAACACAUCACGAUGGACUACGUGACUGGGGGGUGCCGGCCGGUCCCAGCGGAAACGACACCAUCCUCGUGAACGUUGACCGACUCACGAAAAUGGCGCACUUUAUCGCCUGCCAACACAAAAUUACAGCUGAGCAAACUGCCCAACUGUUCAUCGCCAACGCCAUCAGACUGCACGGACUGCUUACCGCCAUUAUUACAGACCGAGACCCGAAAUUCACAUCGAAUUUCUGGCGCCACCUGUGGGACGAAUCCGGCACCAAACCACAGUUUUCCUCCGCCUACCACCCACAGACCGACGGGCAGACCAAACGAGUCAACCAAACUAUGGAGCAACUCAUUCGAACUACCUGUACUGACCCACAGACAUGGGAGAAAUCCCUUCCGCUGCUUUAAUUCGUGUACAAUAACGCACCCUCCGCCAC